AUGGGUCCGGAAGCUGUCGGAGAGGACGCAACGGCCCUGGUACGAGCCGAGUUUCAAAAGAAGUCACAAAAGGAGUUCUCCACGAUCGUUAUGGUGAUUCGCUCCUCUCAGCUGUACCUGAUCACCUCGUUUGAGCAGCCAAAGGACACCUGGGAUGCCCUUCGCAAUCAUUUCGAGCGAGACACGCUGGCGAACAAACUCAUGCUGAAGAAACAUAUGGAGAUGAAAGAGGGCACGUCCGUGGAAGUUCAUUUGAAGAGUAUGAAAGAGCUUACCGAUAAACUUGCGGCGAACGGUGCCCCGAUCUCCGAGGAAGACCAAGUCGUAACACUGCUGGGAAGUGUUCCACACAGUUACUCCACCUUGGUGACAGGCCUUGAGGCACACGUGGACAAUGUGUCGCUGAGUUACGUUCAACAGGCUGUCAUUCACGAGGAGCGGAAGAAGAGCGUAGGUCCAGGAAACUUACCAGUUGGUGGAGGGAAGAGUGGACGACAGCAAUCAGCACUGGUUGGAAGACAGGGGAGAGGAAGGAGGUUGCGAUGCUAUGGUUGUGGUGGUGAAGGACACUUUCGACGAGACUGCCCCAAAAGAAGGGAGUCCAGCAACCCUCAUACUGACAAACCAGUUACAGAAGAAAGCCACACACACUCCGAGCCAGACCAGAGCACUGGAGCGUUCUAA